UAAACACCAAUGAGAGAGAGAGAGAGUGAUGUAACAAAUAGGAAUAGGUUAUGAUAAAGGAGUGUCUGUAGGGCAUGGCAUAUAAUUUGAUGUCUACCAGGUCACAUGACCCACUCCCCCAUGCAGUAAUAAUUCAUGAGCUUCACACUGCAUAGCAAGACCCAUAUCAAGCUGCACGCUGAGGCUCAGUUCCAGCUGCACCCUUGGACCCACGGUCAGGCGGCGCCACCCAACACCGCCGUAACAGACGAGGGAAACGCCGUGCCCUUCACCCGGAUUAAUAAAAGAUGCCGGCGAGAGUGAAAAAAAGCCCAGAAACCGAAGAAAGAGAUGACGGAAGCGAAGAGAAGAAGCCAAAAAGAAGAGGAAAGAAGGACUCCUUUGCCAGCCAAGACGCCAGCCAAGUCGCACCAGAUGGUGAGAAGAAGAGGAAGAGUUCCAAGAGAACGGCUGAUGAAGAGGGAGAGAAAGUAGAGAAAAAGAAAAGAGAAACAGAGGAGAAGGUAAAAAAGAAAAAGAACAAAAAGAAGGAUGGUGAGCAGAUAGAUGGAGAAGAGGACAGCAAUGAGCAGAACAACAAUGAACCAGUCCAAAAGGAAAAGCGGAAAAAAGAGAGACCCCCGGCAGCAGAGGAACGUGAGGAGGUGAAAAAAACAAAAGAGAAGAAGAGAAAGAAAAAGAAGAAAGAAAUUGAGAGUAAGGUGGAGGAAGCUGAAGAAGGAUUAGAAGAGGAAGAUAUGGGAAAGAAGAGCAAAGCUGGGAAGAAGAACAAGAAGUCGGAGGAUGCUGAGGAGGACGAGGAGGUCCAGGAGGAAGAGACGGAGGAGGAAGAAGAUAAGAACAAGAAGAAAAAGAAAAAGAAGAAGGGGACGGAUAGCGAUGAAGAAAAGAAAGGGAAGAAAGGCAAGAAGUCUAAGGUCAAGCAUGUGGACUAUUCUGACCUCUACCAGCAGGAGCUCCUGAAUUAUAACACUGAGGAAUCUGAUGCAUAUGAGGAAGAAUAUUACAAAAAGAAAGGUAGACAUCCAAACCCUGUCUUUAUUUCUUUGACUUUUAGCUCUCUGGCUUCUAUACACUGUCCCCCUAUGUCCCAUGAGCCAGCCAUGCCUUUGUAA